AGAUUUCUGAACAGAAAUGUAGAGCAGAUCUAGAAGACACAAAGAGCAUUCCAGUUGCCAGCCAUUUUCCAGGAACAGAAGAAAAUGAUCCAGGCCCAGGAAUCACUGACCCUGGAGGAUGUGGCUGUGGAGUUCACGUGGGAGGAGUGGCAGCUCCUGGGCCCUGCUCAGAAGGACCUGUACCGGGACGUGAUGUUGGAGAACUACAGCAACCUGGUGUCAGUGGGGUAUCAAGCCAGCAAACCAGAUGCACUCUCCAAGUUGGAAUACGGAGAACCACCAUGGAGAAGAGAAGAUGAAAUCCACCGUGGAGCCCGUUCAGAAGUUUGGAAAGUCGAUGAUCAUUUGCCAGAGUACUUACAAAAUGAAAACAUGGUGAGCAGAAUGGAACAAUGGCAUGGACAUAAUGCGUUUGGAAAUAUUGUUCACCAGAACAAAACUCAGAUUCUUUUAAGGCAAAAUCAUGAUAUAUUUGAUUUAAAUGGAAAAAGUAUGAAAUCAAAUUUCACUUUAGUUAAGCAGAGCAGAAGCUAUGAAAUAAAGAAUCCUGCUGAAUUUACCAGAAAUGGGGAAUCCUAUCUCCAUGCUAACCAUGAACAAUUUGAUACUGAAAUUAAAUCCCCUGCAAGUCAAAAACUCAUCAGCACUAAGUCCCAAUUCAUCAGUCCCAAGCAUCAGAAAACUCGAAAAAUAGAGAAGCCUCAUGUCUGCAGUGAAUGCGGGAAAGCCUUCAUUAAAAAGUCUUGGCUCACUGAUCACCAGAUCAUUCAUACAGGAGAGAAACCCCAUAGAUGUAGUCUAUGUGGGAAAGCCUUCUCCAGAAAGUUCAUGCUCACUGAACAUCAGAGAACUCAUACAGGAGAAAAACCUUAUGAAUGCACUGAAUGUGGCAAAGCCUUUCUAAAGAAAUCACGGCUCAACAUACAUCAGAAAACACAUACAGGAGAAAAACCCUAUAUAUGCAGUGAAUGUGGAAAAGGCUUCAUCCAAAAAGGAAAUCUCAUUGUACAUCAGCGAAUUCAUACAGGUGAGAAACCUUAUAUAUGCAAUGAAUGUGGAAAAGGCUUCAUUCAGAAAACAUGCCUUAUAGCACAUCAGAGAUUUCACACAGGAAAGACACCCUUUGUGUGCAGUGAAUGUGGAAAAUCCUGUUCUCAGAAGUCAGGUCUCAUUAAACAUCAAAGAAUUCACACAGGAGAGAAACCCUUUCAAUGCAGCGAAUGUGGGAAAGCCUUUACGACAAAGCAAAAGCUCAUUGUUCAUCAAAGAACUCAUACAGGAGAGAGACCCUAUGGCUGCAAUGAGUGUGGGAAAGCUUUUGCAUACAUGUCUUGCCUUGUUAAGCAUAAGAGAAUACAUACAAGGGAGAAACAAGGAGAUUCAGUCAAGGUGGAAAACCCUCCUGCAGAGAGUCACAGCUCAUUACAUACCAGUGAUGUCAUGCAGGAGAAAAACCCUGCUAACAUGGUGACCACACAAGUGCCUCCUGUGGCUCCUCGGACAUCAUUAAACAUCAGUGGCCUCCUAGCAAAUAGGAACGUAGUCAUCAUGGGACAGCCUGUAGCCAGAUGUGCACCCUCGGGAGAUAAUAGAGGAUUUGCACAGGAGAGAAACCUUGUGAAUGUGGUUGUGCCUUCAGUGAUCAAUUACGUCUUAUUUUAUGUCUCAGAAAACCCAUAGGAAAAACACUCAGAUGUAAUCUAUGUGGAAAAGGGUUGACCAAACUUUCUAGUUCAUUAUAUGGCUGAAAAGUAUAUACUGAGAGAAAAUAAAUGCAGAGGCUGGGAAAGCCUGAUAAACUCA